AUGUUCUUGUAUGACUACCAACAAGGAACGAUUAUAGGGUUAGACGAUCAUCUGAGCUGGAUCACGUGCUCCGCCAGGUCAGUCUCGCUCUCUUUUGAACGUACCAGAUCGGCCACGAUCAUCAUUUGCGUAGGUGCACCAGCACAGAGCGGACAGCUCGCUACUCGCUCAAAGGGUCAUUGCAUUUCUCCCGUAACUCUGGCGCUUGGUGCCGCUCAUGAUGUCAGUGAUCAGAAGGUGCACCUCGCUGCCAUGACACCGCAGUACACGGAGCCGAUGCGGCCUGCUCGACACGAGCGGUCGGAGGAUCGUCCAUGGCAGCGAGGGAAGCCGGCCAUCGGUGAUGAUCGUGCGCUCCCGAAGGGGUUCGCUCCAGCUGGUUCCUCUACUGUCGCUCGCUUUGUACUAUGUAGACGGAUUGAUCAGAAUAGUGUUUCUCCGGUCUCCGUGCGACCGGACGGACCGUAG